GUGGUCGGAUAGAGGCGAGGUUCCCUUCCGCCAUUUUUAGCGUUUUGGCGGCGAAAAAUAAAUAUGUUGUACAGGACGUUGUGUAGAAGAAAAAUUCGCAAUGCUUGCAAACGGAGCGACUACAAGUUCAUCCUCACAUAUUUUGCCAGACAAUUUCAUCAGGCAAAACAAGAAAGUGAAUCCAAAACAGAUGAGCAUACUCUUUUAGACCACCCUUUCUUUAACCCUGCAAAGCACUCAGACGUAUUGAUACAAAGCUCAUCUCCCAUUUGCAUAAAUUUAGAGAGCUCAAAAUCUACUCCUGGUCACAGACUGUACCUUGGUAAGUUCCCCAGUGUUACAACAGUUCUCAAGCACACCAAGCCGAAAGGUGAGCUCUGGGGGUUACGCGUGUGGCAGCAGUCCCAAAUAGAAGAACUUGGGGAAGAGCAGUUUGAUGCUAGCAAGAAAGAGGCUUUACAGCGAGGGACCACAUUUCAUGAGGUGAUGAGAGACCUAUUCGUAGAGCCCUCCCCUCAUGGUGACAAUACUCACAUCACGUCUGGUUACUUGAAGAGUGUUGGGCACGUUUUACCAGAAAUCACCCAUAUCUCCGCAGUAGAGAGCGUAGUUGUACAUGAGACACUAGGCUACGCUGGCACUGUGGACCUGGUUGCCAAAUACAAGGGGACACAUGCUGUUAUUGACUGGAAGACUUCGCAAAAACCCAAAACCAGACUGUCUGCUUGUCACUCUUACCCCGUGCAGGUAGCGGCCUAUGCCGGUGCUAUUAACUACGACAGUAAUUAUCCAUUCCAGAUCAGUAAUGGGGUACUGGUGAUAGCUUACAGGAGUGGUGACCCUGCAGAUGUUCUUAUUAUGGAUAGAGAACAUUGUCUCAAAUACUGGAAGCGCUGGUUACAAAGGCUUCGUCUGUACAAAGAUGCACAUAGCUCGGAAAUAUGCCCAGUUCAUUCAGACACAAUGAAGGGGGAAUGUGGUGGUAUUGAGCAUGGCUCAUCCCACAUUAGUCAGCAAUACCAUGCAUCUCUCAAACAGGGAUGCAAAAGUCUUGGUUCUGGAAGGCCAGUCAGUAAUUAUGGGAGACCAAUAUAUCAACUUGGGAAGCUUAUUCCUGAUGAUGAGCUCAGAAGAGAUCCCUUAGGAUGGAGAAUAAUGACUUUAAUUCUUUCUGUCUGGGAGUUAUUUUUUGAUAGAUUUAUAAAAACUAUAGGCAAGAUGACCAAGAAGUAAGAUUUGAAAAAAAAAACAUUAACGAUAUAGAUUCAUGGAGGGUUGUAGGACCAGGAUUUUUUUUUUAUUAAUGGAACCCUAUUAAUUAUAUUUCUUUUUUAAUUCAAUAUUUAAAGCCAGAUCUUCCAGUUUAACUGAAUCUCAUUUACAGAAUUAAAUUUGUCAAAAACAAUUUUAUUGAGAUUGGAUGAGGUAUUUUAUUGUAAGUAUCGGGGAAGUGAUGAGGUUGAAUUGAGUGUCAAGAGCCUUUAAUGUCAAUCAACCACCCCUUUGUUUUUGUUUAUAUUGAAAUAACAAACUGCGAAUGAAGUCUGAUAUGUUAUUGACGAUAUUUGAUUAGAAAUAUCUCGGUAACUCGCUUGAAUUAGCUGAUGGAAAUGGAUGCUUAUGUGACUCGGCAUUGAGCGGGAGUAUAAAAUGGCGGCGUGAUUGGCUUUCUUUAAUGAAGCGUCUGGAACAUUCGCACCCACUCGCUACUCUUUGUAUAUUUUAGACACGUCGAAAACAUCAUAAGGACCGGUGAAGCAACUUUAAACAACAUUCCCAGAAACACAUUUAUGGAGGUUUUCAAAACGAAAUUGGAUCUUAUCUCUGUUCAAAUGGCAAAGGCACAAAUCGUCUUUAACAAACCAAGGUAAGAGUGGUUUUCAAAAUCUCGUGCAACAAAAUGUGAUAGUCAAAGUGUAAUAGUCAAUCCAGAACAAAAGAGAACAAAGACAUUACAAUGUAUUUGUACUAAAUUAACUAAAUGGUAUUUCACGGGUUUUUUUAAAACCAAUCUAAA